AUGCGGGGCUCGGGAGAAGAUUCGGGGCUCUCGGGUGAGCAAGAGUUGUCAGGGCAGGAAGCUGGCGCAGACACGGAGGCGGCGGAGCUGCUGCCCUUUCUGAUGCCCGGAGCGCGGGCAGACCUGCAGGCGGCCGCGGCGCAGCACGUGCUGGCGCUGACUGGUGCGGGCUCGGGCCGCAUGCUGUUGGCACGACAGGCAGCGUUGCUGCGGGCUCUGGUUGAGCUUGCGGUGGCUCCGGCCCCGGCUCCUUCCCGCGAUGCCUCCCGCGCGCUCGUGAACUUGGCUGCCGACUCCAACCUACACGGGCAGCUGCUGGCGGCGAACCCGGAGCUGCCUGCCCGCUUGCUGCUCUGCAUGCUGGACCCUCAGUGGCCCUGGGCUGAAGAGGCGGCCGCAGUGCUGGCCAACCUGAGUCGCGAGCCGGCGCCGUGUGCUGCGUUGGUGGAGAAGCUGGUGGCCGCUGAGCCGGAGCGGCUGGGACUAGAGCGGCUGGUCAGUGCGCUGUGCACGCCCAGCUACAACGCGGCCGCACCCCUGCAUUACCUGGGGCCGCUGCUCUCCAACCUUAGCCAGCAGGCGGAGGUGCGUGCUUUCCUCCUGGACCCUGACAGGUGCGUGGUCCAACGGCUCCUGCCUCUUACGCAGUACACAGACUCCUCCGUGCGCAGGGGUGGGGUGGUGGGAACACUUCGGAAUUGCUGUUUUGAGCAUCGACACCACAAGUGGUUGCUUGGGCCCCAAGUCGAUAUUCUCCCCUUCUUGCUACUGCCCCUGGCUGGGCCUGAAGAGUUUACGGAGGAAGAAAUGGACAGGCUGCCCGUUGACCUGCAGUACUUGUCACCAGACAAGCAACGAGAGCCAGAUGCUGACAUCCGAAAGAUGCUCAUUGAAGCCAUCAUGCUGCUGACAGCCACUGCACCUGGCCGGAAGCAGGUGCGAGACCAAGGUGCUUACUUGAUCCUUCGAGAGCUACACAGCUGGGAGCCAGAGCCUGAUGUGCGAAUGGCUUGUGAGAAGCUGAUCCAGGUGCUUAUUGGCGAUGAGCCAGAGGUUGGCAUGGAAAACCUGCUGGAGGUGCAGGUACCUGAAGACGUGGAGCGACAGUUACAACAGCUAGACCGCCAAGAGCAGCAGGAGCUGAGAGGCCAAGGUGCCUCACAGACCUGAAGCCCCGGAGCCCCUUUGGCCUGAGCACCAGCUCCAGCUCCACCUUUGCCACAGGACUCUAGGGUAAAUGCCCAGU